AUGAGAGACAGUUUACUUCACUGGCGACCAUCGCCCGUCUUACCGGACGAUGUCAUCUUUCAGAUCCUCUUAAGGCUUCCAGUGAGAUCCCUACUGAAAUUGAAACGUGUUUGCAAAUCAUGGAAAACCCUAAUCUCUGAUCCUUGUUUCGCAAAAUGUCACCUUCAGAGCUUAACCAUGAAUCCAAGCAUAAGUCACCAACAUUUAUUCUCUUCAAAAAGACUGCUUCUUAACCAUGACCAUAUCGUAUCUCUCCCUGUUGAGUCAUUGUUUGAAAACCUAUCACAACCUACCAAAUCUGUUAGCUUCCGCAUGAAACGUUUUUUUCGUAAUCUUUUGUCAAGCAACAAUGGAUCGUUCAAAGACUCAUUAAAACCUACAAAAGCCGUUGAGUUUGACCUAGAUCAUAGUUUUACUAUUUUUGGUUCAUGCAAUGGGUUGUUGUGUCUAUUUGAUAGGGAUCAUGGUUGUUUUCGACUGUGGAACCCUUUAAUUAGAUUGAUAUCCAAAAAAUCUCCCACCCUUGGUUGUUAUGAAUAUACCACAUAUGGUGGAUUUGGCUAUGAUCAUGUUAGUGAUAAGUACAAGGUUCUAGUAGGUUUUAAUAUUUUCACUAAUGGUAUUAGAAAAUCUAUGACCAAAAUUUAUACUUUUGGUGAGAAUUCUUUGAAAACCAUUCCAAAUUUCCCUUUCCCCGACAUUUGGUGGGAUGGGAAAUUUGUGAGUGGCACUUUGAAUUGGGUAAUGUUGAAAAUGGGUGUUAGUUCUAGUCAAAAUGCGAUUAUUUCGUUUGAUCUUGAAAAGGAGAAUUAUAAGGAAUUGUUGCUGCCUGAACAUGAUGGUAUCAAUGUCAGUAUUCCUACGUUGUGUGUUUCCGAUAACCGUCUUUAUGUGUGUUUUGACGAGAACAAAACUCAUUUGGCUCUGUGGUUGAUGAAAACAUAUGGAGUUGCUGAAUCCUGGACUAAGUUGAUGAUGAUCCCUCAUGAGGAUCCUGUACAUCACCUGCUUCAACUUAAUGAACCCGUGCUCAUUUUUGAAGAUCGUAUUGUUCUGAUAAGAACGGAAGAAAAAUUUGUCCUCUAUAACUUCAAUAAUGGUAGGGUGGAUUCUCCUUGGAUUAGUAGUGACAAUUAUUUGUAUAAACAACAUGUUUACAAUGAGAGUCUUGUAUCACCACUACUGUAA